GCAUUUGGAACAGCGGCUCGUAAUUGCGUUCAGCAGAGCCCGAUCUCCUUCCAUUUAUUUUUCACUUCGCUCUCUGCGCUUUCUUCUUCUUCUUCUUCUACAAAACAACAGAUAGAGGAAGAAAGAGGGAGUUCUAUGUAACUCUCUUCUUCUUACCUCACAUCAAUAUCACUGUUGAUUUCUCCAAAUAAUCAAUCCGAUGUCUUUUGCAAUCAAUUACUAUCAAUUGUAGUUGGUUGGGGAGUGCUGUCAAUAUGUGGUUACUGAUGGGUUGUACUCUGCUUUAUGAGGUUCAGUCCCCAGAAUGCAACUGAUGUUAAUUUAGCCCUUUAUUGAAAUGUGGAAUUUUGCAUCCAGUUGCAUUGCUGGAAAUGGUGGAUUAAAAGCUGACUCUCUAAAACUGGCUCAUGCUACUUCAGAAUGUUCGGACGACGAUGCAUCUUCUACAGGUAGCAGGGAGGAAGUACUUGAGUGUCCCAUAUGCUGGGAGUCAUUUAACAUUGUUGAAAAUGUGCCCUAUGUGUUAUGGUGUGGCCAUACCCUUUGUAAAAACUGCAUCUUGGGACUGCAGUGGGCUGUUGUAAAGUUUCCCACUCUACCAAUCCAGCUUCCACUCUUCAUCUCAUGUCCCUGGUGUAAUUUACUGUCCUUCCGCCUAGUUUACAGAGGGAACCUAAAAUUCCCACGCAAGAAUUAUUUUCUACUUUGGAUGGUUGAGAGUAUGAAUGGUGAUAGAGUGAAGUCCCAUGCUAAUUUCUGUGAGAAUCGUCAACCAGUAUGGUCAUCCGAUGGCAAUUUACUUCUGAGGAAUGAAGCUGGAUGCAGUAACCACAGAAGGGGUCAACAUCUUCAUCAUCCCGGAUCAUCAGGAUCAAACCAGAGCCACGGUCGUGUGAAUGAAUACCUGAAUAUGGAGAGAAUACAGUCUUCUCUUCGGAAGUCACUGGUUUUCUUUGUUCAUCUGACAGCCAAGUUCCCAUUGGUUGUCAUAUUUCUUCUGAUAGUCCUUUAUGCAAUACCUGCCAGUGCUGCCAUUUUGGCCCUGUACAUACUUAUCACUGUCUUGUUUGCUCUACCAUCAUUUCUCAUCUUGUACUUUGCAUAUCCCAGUCUGGAUUGGCUUGUGAGGGAGAUCAUUACAUGAGUUUGGGCAGGAUCAGCGGAAGUAAGUUGCUCGUGAGAGCGGCAUCCUUCUUGGAUAAAUCAUAACUCUGUAAUUUGAGGACUUUACAGAGCUGCCUAAAAGGUCAACCUAUCGAAGACACUUGUUUUCACCUCAAGUAUUCGUGAAUUUCAGUUUAUGUAAAAAGUGGAUUCUCUCUAAUGUGAUUUAUGUGAAUUGGUAAGUUUGGUGGCAACUUUCGGGGUCCCAUGUACCCAAUAAAUAGGUGAUCUGUAGAUUUGAAAGGCUCUUGCAAGAAUAUUUUGAAAUAGUUUAUCUUGUUGCUAGAAAA